AUGUUCAGAAGGGCUCUAUUAAAUACUAGAUUCGCGCAACCAGUAAUCAGAACUCCUUUUAUUCAGCAAGGUAGAUUCAUCUCAACCGAAAUUAAAGAUGCUAUCGAUAGGGCUGUGGGGAGCUCAAAGGUUGUCUUGUUCAUGAAAGGUACUCCUGAAUUCCCACAAUGUGGCUUUUCAAGAGCUACUAUUCAAAUGUUGGGACAACAAGGUGUGGAUCCAGAAAAGUUUGCUGCUUACAAUGUCUUAGAGGAUCCCGAAUUAAGAGAUGGAAUUAAAGAAUACAGUGAAUGGCCAACUAUUCCACAGUUAUAUGUUAACAAGGAAUUUGUUGGUGGGUGUGAUAUUGUCAUGUCCAUGGCACAAUCCGGUGAGUUAAGCGACUUAUUAGAAGCUAACGAAUGUUUAAUCCCUGAGGAAGAAGGAGAGACAACAUCUGCUAAUAUUCAACCAAACGAAAGAAGCUAA